AUGGGCUUUUCAGAUAACACGACGGAUUUUGCAUACUGUACAGUGCUCAGAGAGGCACAAGGCAAAGCUGCCUGCAGACGUCUCACUUGGGAGUGGUGCAGAUCAGGGCACACUAGUAUCUCUCUGGGUUUUCUUUACAAAUCCCCUGCAGGCAGAGUUUGCUUAACUAGUUGAACUGGCUCUUUCUGUCUUGUUUUUUUGGCAAAGUAAGAAUUUCCUUCCUGAUAAAAACAGACGGCAGGAGUCCUGAUUGGGUGUAGCGUUGGAAAGGAUAUGACAUCAGGCACGUCUCUUGCUUUGUACAGUGUGGUCUGCCUGAUUGCUGGCUGCCUCCCAACUGAGCGAGGGCGGUGUUUCAUUAAAUCCCAACCCAGGUACUCGAGUUUCUGCACAAAGUGCUGCCGGCACCAAGUUCCAGUCUGCUGCAAGGUCUGUUUGACUUGUGCACACAAAGCCUGCUUAAUAGAUUACUCCCAUAACCAGAGGUUUGUCGAGGAGGAUGGAAUUUGAACUCUUGAAACCAACUGUGAAGUGAAAAAAACAGAAAUUGGACAGCCUGGGCUGAGAUGGAUGAUGAGGGAACACAUCAAAAUGCCAGCAAAUCGCAAGGAGCCAGAUGCCAACCAUCUGCAACUUCUCUAUCAAACCCACUGAUGAGGGGAAUACAAGAUUGGAAAAGACCACCUGACUCAUAGAGUCUGCUCUCAUUGGCUAUUUCUAUACUGCUGAAUGAAGGAGACUGGGACCAUUCCUGUCUUUGAGAACAGAUGGUGUAGGCUGACUUGCCUUCACAUGCCCGCUUGGGAAAAGACUGGAGUCCACAGUUAUGCUGGAUGCAUGUGAAGAGCAUGAGAAGGCACCAUAAGAGGAAUCUGUUAAAUAAGACUUUGGGCUGAGCUCAGGAAAUGCUCAUGCUCAGAGGAGGCACAAUUCCAGUGCACGAUGGUCCCUUCUGGUCUGCUCUUGGAGACUUUGUUUCAGACUGGUCUCCUUUACAUGAUGCCUCUGUCCAUGGGCGUCUGCUUACUCUGAAGAAACUCAUCAACCAGGGGAACAACGUUAAUCUGCUUACAGCAGACCAGGUAUCUCCUCUCCAUGAAGCCUGCCUAGGAGGUCAUGAGGCUUGUGCCAGUGUCUUAUUGAAACAUGGUGCUCAGGUGAAUGGUGUUACUGUUGACUGGCACACUCCUUUGUUCAGUGCUUGUGUCAGUGGCAGUGUGGCUUGCUUGAAUUUAUUGCUGCAGCACGGAGCCAGUCUACAUCCACCCUGUGACUUAGCAUCCCCUAUCCAUGAAGCUGCUAAGCGAGGUCAUGUGCAAUGUGUUGAAUUCCUCGCGUCCCAUGGAGUAAAUAUAGAUCACAACAUCAAACAUCUGGGUACUCCGCUUUAUGUAGCUUGUGAAAACCAGCAAGUAAACUGUGCCAAGAAGUUACUUGAGUCAGGGGCAAAUGUGAACAGUGGCAAGGGCCUGGACUCCCCUCUCCACACGGCUGCCCGGAAUUGCAGUCCUGAGCUGGUGACGCUGCUGAUCGACUUUGGAGCGGACAUCUGGGCGAAGAAUGCAGACAGCAAAAGGCCGAUGGAGCUGGUUCCUCCGAGCAGCCCUCUAAGUCAACUCUUUCUGCAGAAAGAAGGGCCACUGUCCUUGAUGCAGUUGUGCCGCCUGUGCAUUCGGAAGUGCUUUGGACAUCAGCAGCAUCAAAAAAUAACUGGACUUCUCCUUCCGGAUGAGCUGAAACAUUUUCUUCUCCACAUUUAGGCCUUUCAUAAUCGAAAUUGUGCCUUUAACAACACAGCAAGGUUUGUUAAGGAAAGACUCUUCUAAUCAGUGAUGUUGCCAGUGCCUGAAAUGGUGCUUUCUGAUAGCUGCUGAUCUCCCAUAAAGCUCCAGGUCCAAGGCAUAUGAGAACAGCCAAUCUGCUGGGUCCUUACCACCCCCUCCUCAAAUUCCGCAAUUUCUAAAGGAACAGUUCUGGAUGGCUGUACUCUAAGGCUUGAGAAGGUGGCUCAGGAGCCUCCUAGAAAGCAUAAAAAAUGAGCAUAUCAUUUUAAAAUAGUUCUCUUGAUUCUCUGAAUUCUGGCACAAUUUCAGAGUGGUUAUGGUUGACAGCACCUUACAAAGAAAAUGCAUAUCCCAACCCAGCACAAAUAGCAUUUCAUAUAUGUCUGUCUUCAAGGAUAGCUGCACUUCUUCUGUAAGCAGCACCCCUGUGUCAUCUGUAAUGGCUUUACCACACCACCAUAUGGGAAAGGAAAGGGGCCCCAACUGAACCCAUGUGCAAAAUAAGCAAGGCCCUCUGGCAGAUGUUAUUUAUUUUCUAAAUAUGUCACACUGCAGAUAGAUGAGUACCAACCAGCCAUCAUCUACAUUCAGGCCAGCAACUGAAAUGCAUUUCUGCCGUGACAACAUGCAGGUCACUGCUGAUGGCAGCUCCCUACAGAGCAAUAAUAGUAGGUGAAAAAAAACCCCAUCCAUUUAAAACACUUAUUCCUGAUGUUUUGAGACAUAAGGGAGCACCACCUCAGUACUACACAAUUUCUCCUUGUAGAAUAUUAUUUUUCAAGGACAGAGGCUAAGAGGACAUCAGAUCUGGGCAUUGAGUGCUCUCCCUUUCUGCCCUGAAUAUUAAGUGACAUUUCCUAAACAUUUCUCAGCAUGCAUCAGAAAAACAACAACCUCUAUUCGCUUUCCCCUCCCAAGAAAAGGGAGCAUCUUAAGAGUGAGAUUAAAUAAAAGUUUUCUUGCAAAAGUGCUACCUCAUUCAUAACAUUUCCCAUGGAAGAGGUAAUAUUAACACCUCUAAUGCAUGGUGAUAAAACAAACAGUGAAAAUGCUGAAAUUAAAGUCUAUUACAAAUUAAAAAGAGAAUAGAUAAUUUAUGCUCCUCUUCUUUGUCUUGUUUGUACAUCUCUCAAGCGAACAUGACAUGUGGGGUUCUUAUUCCACCAAGGUCAUUAGAGCUAAUAUUUCCUCCAGCUGAACUGUAAGGUUGGGUGUUUUUCUUUCCCUCCCAGCAGCAUGUCCUGCAGCUACAAAUCCAAGUGCAAUUACAGUCUGUCAUGGGAGGGAGCACAGGGGAUAUUGGCUGUCCCCCUGCACAGUUAGGACCUAUAUCCACUUGUGCCUGCAUGGGGAGGGUAGGCACCAGGCCUCUCCCCAUCCUGUGGAGAGGAUGCCAAAGCACUGGCUCUGCUGCCAGCUCCAGCUUGUCUCCUGCUCCGAGCCAUGGUGCCUUUGCACUACGUGUUAGCAAUGCCGCAGCUCCUGCUGACCCAGCAUCUGAGCAUUGUGGGGUGGACUGAGCAUGCUGGUGCUCCUGGAAAUCCUUUUCACUUAAUUGUGAAGGCUGGGCUUGAUGUGUGGCAGCAGGCUGUGCUACAUCGAUGUAGAGCACGUGGAAAAUGCUCCCUGUCCUGUGCUGGUGAAACAGUUAACUUCAGUGAUGCAGUAUAUCCAGUCCUCAGCUCGCGAGUGGAAAGAAGGACAGCUUUCAAUUAAAACACCUUAUUUUGAUGUUUACUAUGUCCACAGUGCAAGCCUUCUUUUCACACAUGGGAAACUCAAGAGGAUGGUUCGAGUCCUAUGCCUAUGUGGUCAUAUUUGAUGUAAACUACAAUUCACAUCCUUAGACUGUCCAGUAUAAAGGCAGGCUGUAGAUGCCCUGUAUGAAAGUUUGUUUUUGUGCUCAGCAAACACUGCAAGAAUAGUUCUGUUGGUUUUGUGGGCCACUGGAUUGUACCCUAAUGGGACAAGCUGACAAACACAUUUUGGUCCAUAACUUCCAUUGGAAUACAGAUAGCUAGAAAUCUUUAUUGGUCUGACUCAAUUCAUCACACCUAGUUUGAUCCAUUCAAACUUCACUGGCUGGUUUAAGAUGGCCAUGUAUAUUCUUCCCCUCCUGAUGGGGAAGAAAAAUAGAAAUCUGUCUUGAUAGAAUGAAUAAAAGCAGGUAUCUGGGAUAGGUGGAUCCUUCUAAAAUCAGUAUCUUGGAUAAGCAGAAUCUGCGUUGAAUAGAAGGGAAUAGAUAAUUAACUUAGUGCUUAACUUUCACAAGUCUAAAGUUAAGUGUGCAGAAUCCCUGCUUAGGUGACUACAUGUGAAAAUUGAAAACACAACUUGUCAUUUUAUAAAUGAUGAAGAACAAUGUUUUUACCUACUAGUUUUAUCAUUUACCUUUAAGUACCUUAGUUUUUAACCUCAACCCAUGGGUUUAUAAGAUUAAUGUUAAUGUCAGAAGAAAAUUAGUCAGAGAAGGUGUUGAGAGUGUUGUUUCUAAGAUUUGUUUUUCUUAUGGAAGUUUCAUAGCAUAACUCUGUUUACUUGAAUCUCUCUGAUCAUGUAUAAUUAGGAUGAAGUCUCUAUGCACAGUUUGUAUCAUCUCAGUCUACUUGCUUAUUUAUUUUAAUAUUAGUUGUGACCAACACUGCUGAAUUACAUCUUUAUGCAUUAACACUUACCCAGUUAUACACUGUAAAAGUUGUACAAGAUGCAGACUGAAUAAGCUCAAAAUAAGUAAGGUUUGCAGCUUUUUCUAUAUUCAAAACCAUUUCAAAUGUAAUGCAGGAUUUCAAAGAUUCUCAUGAAUAUAUUUUUUCAGAUUCUUUGCUGUUAUUUUCUUAGCAGUUUAAUGAUAGUCAACCCACAACUGUAUGUGAUAUUUGCUCAGAAAUAUAUGGUUUAUACUCUG